AAAUAUAAAAGAUAUUUAAAUAUAAAAAAUAAAUAAGGAAAAAAAAAAUGUUAUCUAAAGCCAUUAAAAACGUCUUAGUUAGAUCAUUCGCAACAAAAGCCUAAACCUAAAAAACCUAAAAAACUUAAAAAACUUAAAAUACCUCACUUGGUUAAGUAUCAUAAGUAAUUGGUGCUGUCGUCGAUGUCUAAUUUGAAGGCGAGCUUCCCCAAAUCUUAAACGCUCUCGAAGUCCAAGGAACCCAACAUCGUUUAGUAUUAGAAGUAGCCUAACAUUUAGGAGACUCUAGAGUUCGAACAAUCGCGAUGGACAGCACUGAAGGUUUAGUUCGUGGUUAGAGUGUAGUAGAUACUGGUAGUCCCAUUUGUGUACCUGUUGGUCCAUAAACAUUAGGCCGUAUUAUGAAUGUAAUUGGUGAACCUAUAGAUUAAAGAGGCCCUAUUAAUACUUUAAAACAUUAUCCUAUACAUAGAGAUGCUCCUUCAUUUACUGACUAAGCUGCAGCUGCUGAAAUUUUAGUUACAGGUAUUAAAGUGGUCGAUUUAUUAGCUCCAUAUGCCAGAGGAGGAAAAAUCGGACUUUUCGGAGGUGCUGGAGUAGGAAAAACAGUACUUAUUUAGGAACUUAUUAACAAUGUAGCUAGACAUCAUGGUGGUUAUUCAGUAUUUGCCGGAGUAGGAGAAAGAACAAGAGAAGGAAAUGAUUUAUAUCAUGAAAUGAUUGCUUCAAAAGUUAUCAGUUUAGACAAUGAUGAAUCUAGAUGUGCUCUUAUUUACGGAUAAAUGAACGAACCUCCAGGUGCUAGAGCCAGAGUAGGAUUAACCGGUUUGACUGUCGCCGAAUAUUUCAGAGAUGAGGAAGGAAAAGAUGUAUUGUUGUUUGUUGAUAAUAUUUUUAGAUUCACAUAAGCUUGUUCGGAAGUGUCCGCUUUAUUAGGACGUAUUCCGUCUGCUGUGGGUUAUUAACCUACUUUGGCCACAGAUUUGGGUGCUUUAUAGGAAAGAAUUACUACAACUAAAAAUGGUUCAAUUACUUCCGUAUAGGCUAUUUAUGUACCUGCUGAUGAUUUAACAGAUCCUGCCCCAGCUACUACUUUUGCACAUUUAGAUGCCACAACAGUACUUAACAGAGGUUUAACUGAAUUAGGUAUUUAUCCUGCUGUCGAUCCUUUAGAUUCUACUUCCAGAAUGUUAGACCCUGUAACUAUUGGAGAAGAGCAUUAUUCAAUAGCUAGAGGAGUCUAAAAAUUACUAUAGGACUAUAAGAGUUUAUAAGAUAUUAUUGCUAUUUUAGGAGUUGAUGAUCUUUCCGAAGAAGAUAAAUUAACAGUCUCUAGAGCUAGAAAAGUUUAGAAAUUCCUUUCAUAACCUUUCUUUAUGAGUGAAGUUUUCUCAGGUAUGCCUGGUAGAUUUGUUGAUCUUAAAUAAAAUGUGGCUUCAUUUAAAGCUUUACUUGAAGGAGCUGGUGACGAAUAUCCUGAAUCAUGUUUCUAUAUGAAAGGUGAUUUGGAAGAAGCUUUGGCUGAUGGAAGAAAAGCAGCUAUGAAGUCUAAAUGAGAUACAUAUAAUUUUUUAUUAUAUAAAAAAAUAAAAUAAAAAGGAAAUAAAUAAAUAAAAAAUUAUAAAAACAUAUAUAUAUAUAUUUUUUCAUAAAUAAAUUCAAAAUAUAUAUAUACAUAUUAUUUUACUUUUUCAUUUA